AUGCACAAGGCUAACUUGAUCGGCGUUGGCUCCCCGAGAACGCUGCUGGGUUCGCUGUGCCCAAAGGGCACGAGACGGUACCCGGUGGCGAUUGCUUUUAACGCUUCGGGCGAAGGGCGCAUCUGGAUGAACUGCGACGCUCUUGGUUUAGCUUUAGCGGUUCUCACCUGGACGCUCUUAUGCUUCACGGACUGGGUGGUGGUCCGCUAUGUGCUCUAUGCUUGGUUUUCUACGAGUCGGCCAAGAUUUAGCUUGGUCCCGCUCACAGAUCUGGGCUCUGCACUGCUCGUGAUGUACCAACUGUUGCUGGGUUUGUCCUGGUUUUCACAUUUUCGUGCUGUGACGACAGAUCCCGGGACCAUACCAGUGAGUGCCGCGCCGCCAGACUUCGCGAAUCCGCGGGUUUGCAAACUUUGCCAGGGCCGCUGGAAGCCGCCCAGAGCACAUCACUGCAAGACGUGCAAGCGCUGCAUCUUUCGGAUGGACCACCACUGUCCCUGGAUCAACAACUGCGUGGGUCUUUCGAACCAGAAGUUGUUCAUCCUCUUCCUAGUUUACACCUGCGCGAGCGCGGUCUUCACUCUGGUCCUCCUCGCCGGGAGUGCCUUCUACUGGCUGUGGAGCCAAAAGAAUUGGUCGGAUGCACCACCUCCGGGCUCCGCGUCGCUGAUCUGCACUGGGAUGGUGGCAGUCGAGUGCUUCGCCGCCGUACUCUUUGUGAGUGACUUCCUCCAGGAGCAAGUGGAGUCGAUUCAGAUGAACUCAACGUUGGUCGAGACGUACCAGCGAACACAUGGGGCACGGUCGACAUUCUACAACCAUUUCGUUGCUGUCUUUGGCGCGUCCUGGUGGACCUGGCCGCUGCCGUACCCUUCGGCCCCACCGCCGGACUACACGGAACCUGCGAUCGCCGAUGAUCCCUACGGCGAAUUAAGCCAAGAGGACACGUCCGUGAUGGACGACAACACCAGCUUGGGCAUUGCGGGUGAGGAAAGUGAGGAGGCGGCCAUGGGCUCUGAGCCUCCCUUUGCGCCAUUCCCACCCGCUGCCGACGGGCCACGAGGCAUCGCUACACCACCCCGCCAGCGGAACCGGAUUGACGGCGGUGCAGCUGCAGAUGACGACGUGACUUCCGAGAGCCAUCUGCAGAACGUCGCUUCGGGCUCUGGGAUACACAAAUGGGCCUUCCAGUCUUCGCUUCGAGGCGACCUGAUCCUAGGUGCGAGCCAAGGAGUUGGGACAAUGGCAUGCCCAGUUUCACCUCACACGGAGCCUAUGCAGCAGCCUGAUUUGCAAGGUGUCGUGCUAGAGGCUAGUUCUCCUCGUUUUGUCCCUCCUUUCCGGGCCAUGAAGCGGGCAGCAGAUGGCUUCCCGCCGGGAAUGCCACCAGGCAAAAUGGCGGUUCCACAAGGGGCUGAUGCACUGCAGACGCUGUGGAAGGCGGCAGCUGCACUAGCAUCCCUGCCAGGAAUGCCACCCAUCCCGGGCAUGCCGGGUAUGCCACCGCCCUUCAAGCCCGCUCCUGCUGCCCCCGCGGGGCCUGGUGAUACGCCCAAAGUUGCCCCGGGCAGCGUCGUGCCGCCCAAGGCCCCUAAGGCCAUGGGCGGGCUUCUUCUUCCAGAUGUUUCCGGCAACGGAGCCAUGCCUUCGGAGCUGCCGAUGUCGGUGCCCCCGUGGAAGCUCUCCUCGCCGCCACCGAAAGCAGCGCCUGCGCUGAUUGCCAAGCAGGGUCCACCAGCGCAGGCAGAGACGUCGCCGGAGGUGGCACCCUGCAAGUCCCAGAUGGCUCCGAACGAUCUCAUGGCCAAGCAACAGACCAUGCCCGGCAUGCAGGCACUGCCGUGGAAAGCUCCAGCUGCCACAAGCAGUCCGGGCCCGCCGAGCGGCUCUGCAGGCUUCUCCAAAGCAGCAGCGGCCGCAUCUGCCAUGGGACAGGCCUCGGCGUCGCCCACAGAGCUCCUCCGCCGAGGUGAGGAGCUUCUGCGGCAGACGGCUCAGCUCCACCAGCAGAACGAGCUAGCUCAGAAGCAACAGGAGGAAGAGCGGCGGCGACAGGAGGAGAAGGAGCAAGCACGCCAGAAGUUCGAGGAGCUUAGGCGGCAACAGGAGGAGGAGCGCAAGCGACUGAAGGAGGAGGCCGACCAUGCGGCGCAGAGUCUCCAGGACGAACUGCGGAAGCUCAUCGAGGUGGCCGAGCUGGAGGUCCAGAUGGCCGAGGCAGAGGCACAGAAAAUCGACGAGCCGAAGCAGUGCGAGGAGCUGCUCCGAGUGGCAGAGGAUUUCGAGGUCGUCAGCCUCUCCGCUGCCACUGCAGUGAAAGCGUGCUUCGAGUUCAUGGACGGGAAGCACAUGAAACUGAAAGGCAACACGGAGGCCACGAUGUCGAACUGCGCCUCGCUGCUGAAAAGGAGCCAUGCGGCCAAAGCUGGGUCGGAGCGGGCCACUGCGAAGGUGCGGCUCAAGGCGAAGCCUGCCCGGGAAGAGAUCACCGCAAAGUCACUGCAGGCAGAGUUAGACACGCUGCUCGCAGCCGCCGAAAUUGAGGUGGAGCAGGUCAAGUCAGCCCAGGCCGGUGUGCUGAAGGCCCAAACAGCUGCCGAGGCGGAGGCCAAGGCCACGCCAGAGGGCGGUGGCGGAGCGCUCGACAAGGAGCUGAUCCGGUUGGCCACGGAGUUGGAACGGUCGAGCGAGGAGGCCUCGAAGUCCGUGGCAGGAUGCAUGGCCCGCAUGGAUGGCGCCACAAACAUGAUGCGGAUACGUGGACCGACGGAGGAGCUGAAGACUUCGGCUGGUGUUCUGCAGAAUCGGGCGCGGACGGUCAAGUCAAGCCUCGAAGAGAUGCUGCAGAAGGCCCGUGCUGCGAAAGCCAUGGCGGCUCAGCGCGUCGAGCGCGAAGUGCGGAAAGCCGAAGCCUUGAAGGAGGCCGCGCGCCAGGAAGCCAUCUUCAAGCAGUACGACAAGGACAGCGAUGGGCUGCUCGAUGAGUCCGAGAUUCGAGCUUAUAUCGCUGGCGAGUACACCUUUGAGCUUGCAGAGGAGAAGCUCACGCAGAUCCUUUCAGCGAGUUCCGACGGCGUUUCGAACGCGGAUUUCGCAAAGCUGAGGUCGCAGAUAAACGACGCCUGGAAUGAGGUCUUGAACAAGCAGAGGAAGGAGAAGAACGACAAGCAGAUGGCGAUGAUCAAGAGGAACUCCGCCGAGAUCCUGUCGGCCCUGAGCGGCGUUGAAAGCGAAGUCGCGAAGGCCGAGGCCCAGGUCCGGAUACUGGGCCCCAUGGUCACGCGUGGCGUGACCAUGAUGGACAUGCUUGGCGAGAGGACUGAGGCGGCGGAGAGUGCUGUCGAUGCUGCAAGAGACUUCUUGGCCGCUGCGAAGGAGCAGGCCUUAGCGUUGGGUGUCGACAGCAACUUCGAAACCGAGGCCAAGCAGAUGGCUGCGGUGGAGGCCAGGAAUCUGCAGAUGAAGGUUACGGCGCUUGAGAAUCGUGUCAACACGGCAGCGCACGUGUCCAAGGCCGCCCGGAGCAAAAUCCAGCUCCAGGAGCGGAAAGCGGCUCUCCUCAGGGAGGCAGCGACGAUGUGA